AUGUCGAUACAGAGGCCAACGUCUAAACUUCCCCCAGGUGCUAACCGGAUCUUGUUCGUAAAGAACCUCAAUUACACAAUUACAGGCGAGGACUUGUAUGAACUGUUCGGUCGGUAUGGGAGCAUUCGUCAAAUACGGAUAGGCAACGAGGCGAAGACCAAAGGGACGGCCUUCGUCGUGUAUGACGACGUUAUGGAUGCCAAAAACGCCCUCGACCAUUUGAAUGGUUUCCACUUGCAAGAGCGUUAUAUCGUCGUUUUGUAUCACAUGCCUGCCAAACAGGAUGCUGCUGCUGCGAAGGCGGAGCUUGCGCGUCGAGAAGAGGAACUUGCCGCUCUCAAGAAGAAGCACGAUAUCGGGGAUGCUUGA